UCAUCGCCCUCAUCAUCGCCAUCACCAUUGCCAUUAUCAUCAACAUUAUCAUCAACUCCAAAUCACCUAGGAACAACAACAAUGGAUUUGACCAUUUCCUCAACUUGCAUUGAAAGCGAAGCUCCAGCUGAAACAACCAUAGAAUCCAAUCAACAAAGUACUUCAUCUAGCGACAAUGAUCAUGUGCCAUUAGAUACAGUACAUCUUGACGCCACAGCUACUGAACCGAAGCAUCACAACAAACAAGUCCCUUCAACAUCUAAGGAUGGUAACGAAUGCGAAAUGACUGAAGACAGAAACGACGGUGUUUUCUUGACGGAUGAUAUCUUGCAACCGAUGGGACCUAAUAUGCAGAACACAUCAAGCACAAACUUGAUUACAACAAAGACACAUUUGGAUAAUGUUGAUAACUCUGAUAUACCCUUGGACAAAUUGACCUCAACCGAAGCAACGACACAUUUGAAUGAUACUGAAGAAUACAACGUUGAUACAGCCAUAGAUACCUCCAACAUGAUCUCAAAGGAAGAAGCAGAUGCACUUAUUAAGGCUGGCAUUGCAGAUGCAUUGGCAAAGGAACGCAUGGAAGUAGCAGCACGACGACAAGUAGAGGAAGCAGACUUUAUAAGCAGAUCAGAAGCGGAAGCAUUGGCCAGAGCACGAUUAGAUGAAGCUUUGAAAAAGGAACGUGAUAGAACAAGCACUUUGUUGACUCAAGCUCAAGCAGAUACAAUGGCAAGAAACUAUGCAGAACAAGCCUUAGUGGAAGAAAGGAACAAACGGAACUCUCAAGACAGCAUGAGGAAGGCAUAUCCACCACCGUUGCCACCAUCGUCGUCAUCGUCAUCCUUUUUGGCCAGAGUGAAAACAUCACCAUCACAAAACAACUUGACCAUUUCUCGUCCAUUACCUCGACGCAGCUCAAAUACUUCGAUAGUUCCCUCUCCAAAACCUUCAACGUCUACUUCAUCAACAAAUACAACAGCAUCCACUAACUCUUCACGCCGUGGUAUUCUAUCUGGUUUCCUAAAACUACAACCAUCUAUUUCAACACCAGCUAACAGUAAUAAUCGAUUGCGACCAACAGCUUCGGCUAAUUCAUUGAGAAGGACAACGGCAUCCUCAUCAUCCACCCAGCAACAACCUAACAGUCAAUUAUCAGCAUUAGCAUCUCAACGUCGUGGUGGUAGCACUGAUAGUGAACGACAUUUACCAGUACCUUCUCCAUCCUUUGGUACCGUACGAAUUACAGAAACAUCUACCUACAGCAAAACACCCUCGAUGCAACAACGUAUGAGACAGCCAUCCAUGCAAUCCAUCUCAACGAUGAAUUCAAGUGAUUCUUAUCAACGAGGAAUGACACCAUCCUUUUUCUCCAUGGGCGACAAGCAAACCAAUGUGGAAUUAAUCUCGGCCAUCACACAAACCAUGAUUGGAGAAUGGAUGUGGAAACAUACAAGAAAACAUGUGGGUGGUGGUAUUUCAGACAAUAAACACAAACGAUUUUUUUGGGUACAUCCUUAUACAAGAACUCUUUAUUGGAGUAUGCAUGAACCUGGGAUGGAUGCAGAUGAAUCAAAAGCAAAAAGUGCUUUUAUUGAAAGUGUAUCAUCUAUUCCAAGUAAUGAUACCAUGGGUGCUUCUCCACUUAGUUUAUUGAUCAAGACAGCCAAAAGAGAUUUAAAGUUAACCGCACCAAGUUUAGAAAGACAUGAAUUAUGGCGAAUGUCUCUUUCCUAUUUACUUGUACCUCCUGGUGAAGAAUCCAUGAUGGAAGAUGUUAUUCAAGUAGACCCUUAUCAUGAUGCAGAUACUAAUACCUCAUUCUCAUCUAUGCCUUCAACAAUGGAAUCCAACAACGAUGGUCAAGAUCAUCCUAAUGAUGUCCCAGAAGAAGUGAAAGGUGAACAUGGUGUAGGUGAUGAUGAUGAUUCGGAUGAAUCAAUGGAUGCCAUGGUCAAUGUCAGACAGUGUUGUGAAAAUCAUGAUGUCUCCACUUUAUCACGUCAUUAGUCUCUAUAUAUAUAUCCCACUUAUAAUAUAGAUCCCCUCUUUUUUUUUUCUUUAAUUAUUUUAUUUAUUUAUUUAUUUUUUUGUUUGCUUAUAUCAAUAAAAACAAGUUCAUUUUUUUUUAAAAAAAAAUA